AACAGUUUCCCGCCAAAUCCUCAACACCUUCACCCCCAAAACCCUUCAACCACCACUUCGCGUUCCCGCCAAAUCCCUCUCUCUCUCUCUCUCUCUCUCUCUCUCCCCUCCAGCCAUGGCGUCCGAUUCUCCUCCAGCCAAUAUUCAUGACCGGCCUUCCUCUCCGGACGACUCGAUCUCGAGUCCAAUCGGUAACACGUUCUCCUCCCCAGGCGGCGCCGCCGCCCGCCGUGGUCGACGCGGCCGAUCCUCCGCCGCGGACGCCACCCCGACUCCGCCGCAAAACUCCCGGUUUGCCGCCGAUGCCGCCGCGACCCCGACGCCCCCCACCUCCCGCCGACCGCGUGGCGGCGGAGGAAGAAGAAAUACGCCCUCCACCCCCGCCGCCGCCACCCCUUCGUCCGCCGACGAGGCCCCGCAGUCUUCCGAGGGCGGGGAAGGCGACGAUGCCGACGAGGCCCCGCCGAUGUUCGUUUGGGGCACCAACAUAAGUGUUCAGGACGUGAACGCUUCGAUUUUGAGGUUUUUGAGGCAUUACAGGGAGAAUCCGGCGGAGACCGAGGGGAAGUACAUGAGGGCCAUUCACUAUGUGAUUGAAGUUGAAGGAGAGAGUCUUGAAGUUGAUGCACACAAUGUGUUUGAUUAUGACACUGACCUGUAUACCAAGAUGGUUAGGUACCCACUUGAAGUCCUUGCAAUUUUUGAUAUUGUGCUGAUGGACAUGGUUAGUCGGAUCAACCCGUUGUUUGAAAAGCACAUUCAAGCUCGGAUUUUCAAUCUCAAGGCCUCAACAUGCAUGAGAAAUCUCAACCCAUCUGAUAUUGAGAAGAUGGUAUCGCUGAAAGGAAUGAUUAUCCGGUCUAGUUCAAUUAUACCUGAAAUCAGAGAAGCAAUGUUUAGAUGCCUUGUUUGUGGAUACUACUCUGAUCCCAUUGUUGUAGAUCGAGGGCGAAUUAGUGAGCCCACUGUGUGUGGGAAGCAAGAAUGUCUUGCCAAGAACUCAAUGACACUCGUUCACAACCGGUGCAGGUUUGCUGAUAAACAGAUUGUGAGACUACAAGAGACACCGGAUGAGAUACCUGACGGAGGUACACCCCACACAGUAAGCUUGUUGAUGCAUGACAAGCUGGUUGAUGCUGGGAAGCCAGGUGAUAGAGUUGAGGUCACUGGGAUUUACAGGGCCAUGAGCGUCAGAGUCGGGCCAAUGCAUAGAACGGUCAAAUCUCUAUUCAAGACUUACAUAGACUGUCUUCAUAUUAGAAAGACUGACAAGUCAAGAAUGCAAGCAGCAGAUCUCAUGGAUACUGAAAAUGGCUCAAGUAGAAACGAAGAAGACAACCCUGCUGACCACGAGGAUAAGGUGGAGAAACUGAGAGAGCUAUCAAAGCAUCCGGAUAUAUAUGAGAAAUUAACUAGGUCUUUGGCACCAAACAUAUGGGAGCUUGAGGAUGUAAAGAAAGGCCUUCUAUGCCAGCUUUUUGGUGGGAAUGCACUUACCUUGGCAUCUGGGGCUAGCUUCCGUGGUGACAUCAACAUUCUUCUUGUUGGUGAUCCUGGAACCAGUAAAUCUCAGCUGCUCACAUACAUACACAAGCUAUCACCUCGUGGCAUUUACACCAGUGGAAGAGGAAGCUCUGCUGUUGGAUUAACUGCUUAUGUUGCUAAAGAUCCUGAGACUGGGGAGACCGUUUUGGAGAGUGGAGCACUGGUUCUGAGUGACAAAGGCAUCUGCUGUAUUGACGAAUUUGACAAGAUGUCUGACAGCGCAAGGAGCAUGUUACACGAGGUGAUGGAACAACAAACAGUUUCAAUAGCAAAAGCAGGGAUAAUUGCUUCACUUAAUGCCAGAACAUCAGUGCUGGCUUGUGCAAAUCCCAGUGGUUCACGAUACAAUCCCAGAUUGUCAGUAAUUGACAAUAUACACCUUCCUCCUACCUUGUUGUCCAGGUUUGAUUUGAUCUACUUAAUUCUUGACAAGGCUGAUGAGCAGACAGACAGGCGCCUUGCGAGGCAUAUUGUUGCAUUGCACUUUGAGAAUCCUGAGAGUUCACAGGAGGAUGUCUUAGAUCUUCAGACAUUAACUGAAUAUGUGAGCUAUGCUAGAAAUCAUAUACAUCCACAGUUGUCUGAUGAAGCUGCAGAAGAGUUGACCCGAGGUUAUGUGGAGAUGAGAAGAAGAGGAAAUUUCCCUGGCAGUAGCAAAAAGGUGAUAACGGCAACCCCUAGGCAAAUUGAGAGUCUGAUACGACUCAGUGAAGCCCUGGCUAGGAUUCGCUUCUCAGAAUUGGUGGAGAAGAGAGAUGUUAUGGAGGCUUUUCGUCUUUUGGAAGUUGCAUUGCAGCAGUCUGCAACAGAUCACUCCACUGGAACCAUUGAUAUGGAUCUCAUUACAACUGGGGUCUCCGCUAGUGAAAGGAUGAGAAGAGAAAAUAUGUUAUCAGCGACUCGCAAUGUAAUUAUGGAGAAGUUGCAGAUUGGAGGACCUUCUUCUCGAUUGUUGGAGUUAUUGGAUGAGUUGAAGAAACAAAGUUCAGGUGCUGAAAUCCACCUUAAUGACCUACGAAAUUCACUCCAUACCCUUGCAAGCGAGGGAUUUGUUUCUUUCCACGGCGACACUGUGAAAAGAAUAUGAUAAAGAUGACAACAGAUGAUCAGAGCGGCGGCAGCCUGAGUCAAGCGACUUUGUUGCAAAAGUUGCGUACUUAUGCUAAGCCUGCUACGGCCAGGAACUUGUUUUCUUAUGCAGAAUGAGAAGGAAGGAGCAUUUGGUGCCUAAAGAAAAAUGUUAUCAGACCUCAGAAUUAGAUUCAAGCUUGUAAAUGCCUAUUCGAUGUGGUUUGUUGAGCUGUUGAUUGUAGUUACUUUACCUCUUGUUCCUUAAUGAUUGAGAAGAUAUUACUGCUCUCC